UGGAGGGUUGUCCACGCCGAGGUCUGCCCAACGCCGGUCCCGGAUUUAUACAGGAAAAUAAAACGGGAAAACCCAAACAAUUAAUCGACGACUCGUCUAGAGAGAGAAAGGGUUAGGGUUGGUUUGCUGUUGGAUGGCGGAGGGAGAACGGAGGGCGGCGACGGAGGAGACGUUGGCAUCGGCGGAGGAGGGGAGGGUGGAGGUGGGGCGGCCGGCGGUGUUGCUCGUUUGCGGGACCCUGGUGUACUACCACUGCGCGUACCGGGGGUCGAGCCUUCUCUCCCUCGUCUCCGACGUCCUCAUCGUCCUCCUCUGCUCCCUCGCCAUCCUCGGCAUGCUCUUCCGCCAGAUGAACAUCUCGGUGCCUGUGGAUCCUCUUGAAUGGCAGAUAUCUCAAGAUACAGCUAACACCAUUGUUGCUUGCUUGGCUAAUACAGUCGGAGCAGCGGAGUCUGUGUUAAGGGUUGCUGCAACAGGGCAUGAUAAGCGACUGUUUGUUAAGGUGGUUUUUACACUGUACCUCUUGUCAGCUUUGGGACGUGUAGCUUCAGGUGCGACGAUUGCAUAUGCUGGACUGUGCAUCUUAUGUCUCUACUUUUUUGCCCAAAGUUCUGAGCUCGUAUCUAGCUUAAAUUUGGAUUUGGAUACACCAAGCAAAAGGCACAUCCAGGAAGCAACAAGGUGACCAAAGUUCUGCAGACAAUGUGAAGUUGCCUAUAUUGAAAUAUUUCUCUAUCAACUCAAGGAAGAUACCUGGAGAGAGCUUUUCCUAUGAUUGUCUCCAUGUGGAUUUCACAUAUCAACAAUUCCGUAAAAGAUGAUCUUCAUACAUAUGGUGCACAUGUACAAUUUUUUCUGUAGCUCCAUCUAUCCUUUCUUAACAUAGGCUUCCAUCCCUGACAAAGGGAGUAAGUUUGGAUGUUUGAUUUCAAGACUUGCAAACCAUACUUUAGUCUCUUCAAUUGAGGCAUCCUUUUAAGGAUCAUUGGUUUGAAGCAGCCCCCUGGCAUUUAGUGCCAGAUUCAUGUCUUUUGUUGCUAACAAACAAAAAGGAUCAUUAGUUUCUUUGACUCAAA